CUGUUGACCGGUGGCAAGUCAUAACCUGAAGUGUUCUCCAAUCCCUCAGUAAAGUGAACUUGCUAUGAGCUGCUUCCUUACCAACCCUUGGGGUUGCAAGAGGUGAGCCCAUUCAUCAGACCCGAGGGGACUUCUUCCUGGUUGCGGUAGACACUUUCAUUGCAAGGGUGCCCAUGGCUUGGCCAGGCCUGUGAGUUUCUCUGGGGCAGAUGUCUGGGAGUGGAACUACUGCAGGCACGUGGGAGCCCACCUUUUUAGUUCACACCUCAUCAGCACGCAGGACGGCCCGUCAUUCUGUUUGGCAGACCUCUGCGUUAUGACCCGACUGCUGGGCUACGUGGACCCCUUGGAUCCCUAUUUUGUGGCUGCCGUCCUCACCAUUGCUUUCAAUCCACUCUUCUGGAAUGUGGUCGCAAGAUGGGAACAGAAAACCCGAAAGCUGAGUGGGGCCUUCGGCUCCCCCUACCUGGCCUGCUACGCGCUGGGUGGAGCCAUCCUGUUUCUGAAUGUACUGCGCUCGCACUGCUUCACACAGGCCAUGCUGAGCCAGCCCAGGAUGGACAGCCUGGAUAACCCCGUGGCCUACCAGGUGGGCCUUGCGCUUCUGGCAGUCGGCAGUGUGUUGGUGCUCUCCAGCUUCUUUGCUCUGGGCUUCACUGGGACCUUCCUAGGUGAUUACUUCGGGAUCCUCAAAGAGGCAAGAGUGACCACAUUUCCCUUCAACAUCCUGGACAACCCCAUGUACUGGGGCAGCACGGCCAAUUACCUGGGCUGGGCCAUCAUGCACGCUAGCCCUGCCGGCCUGGGGCUGACUGCGGUUGUGGCCCUCAUCUACGUGGUUGCCAUCCUGUAUGAGGAGCCCUUCACCGCUGAAAUCUACCGACAGAAAUCCUCCCAGUUCCACAAGAGAAGCUGACCGGGCUUCUCUGAGGGCCUCCUGGCCUGCCUGCCCGAGUGCCAAGCCCUGUGAGGUGCCAGCGCUCGGCUGUGGCUCGGCACCAACCAGUGCAGGCCGCCCCAGUGCCUUGGAAACCGCUGCUUUGGGGGCCCCGGACGUGCUGCCACGUGGCCCCCACCAAGCUCUGACUCACCAAUAAAAGCCCCUUGACUCCA